ACCUAAAACUAAAAAAUGGGGAGAAAAGAAGAUGAUGAUGGAGUAGUGGAGAGAAGUGAAGGAGGAGUAGUGGUGGUUAACCCAAAGCCAGGAAAGGGACUAAUUGCAAAGGCAAUAGACUUGUUGGAAUGGGGAAUAGUCAAGUUAAUGCACGAUGCUUCCAAACCACUUCACUAUCUUCAAGGCAACUUUGCACCUACUGAUGAAACUCCGCCUCUUAAUGACCUUAUUGUACAAGGCCAUCUUCCUGAAUGCCUUAAUGGUGAAUUUGUUAGAGUCGGUCCGAAUCCAAAGUUUGCUCCGGUUGCUGGAUAUCACUGGUUUGAUGGGGAUGGCAUGAUUCAUGGCUUGCGCAUUAAAGAUGGAAAAGCAACGUAUGUCUCACGUUAUGUGAGGACUUCACGUCUAAAGCAAGAAGAGUUCUUUGGUGGAGCUAAGUUUAUGAAGAUUGGAGAUCUUAAAGGGCUGUUUGGUCUGUUCACAGUUUAUAUGCAAAUGCUCAGAACAAAGCUGAAAGUAUUGGACAUCUCCUAUGGAAAUGGCACAGCUAAUACGGCUCUAGUAUAUCACCAUGGGAAGCUUUUGGCACUUUCAGAGGCUGAUAAACCUUAUGCACUAAAAGUUCUGGAGGAUGGAGAUCUUCAAACACUUGGCAUGCUGGAUUAUGACAAAAGAUUGGCACAUUCCUUCACUGCCCAUCCAAAAGUUGAUCCUGUAACCGGUGAGAUGUUUACCUUUGGCUACUCUCACACCCCACCGUACAUCACUUAUAGGGUUAUAUCAAAGGAUGGAAUUAUGCAGGACCCGGUCCCAAUAACAAUACCAGAGGCUAUCAUGAUGCAUGAUUUUGCUAUUACUGAAAAUUAUGCAAUUAUGAUGGAUCUUCCUUUGUGUUUUCGUCCGAAGGAAAUGGUGAAAAACAAUAAGCUGGCUUUUACCUUCGAUGGUACUAAAAAGUCUCGAUUUGGAGUCCUUGCACGAUAUGCAAACAAUGAGGCCCUAAUCAAGUGGUUCGAGCUUCCUAAUUGCUUCAUAUUUCACAACGCCAAUGCUUGGGAGGAGGGAGAUGAAGUCGUGCUGAUCACCUGCCGCGUUCAGAAUCCAGACCUAGACAUGGUCAAUGGAGGCGUUAAAGAAAACCUUGAGAAUUUCUGCAAUGAACUAUAUGAAAUGAGAUUCAACAUGAAGAGUGGUGCAGCUUCACAGAAGAAACUAUCGGAAUCUGCUGUUGAUUUUCCAAGGAUCAACGAGAGCUACACUGGCAGGAAAUUUAGGAAGCAGCGAUAUGUAUACGGAACCACUUUGAACAGCAUUGCCAAGGUAACUGGAAUCAUCAAAUUUGAUUUGCAUGCUGAACCAGAGACUGGAAAAUCACAGCUUGAAGUUGGAGGAAAUGUUCAAGGCAUCUUUGAUCUAGGACCUGGCAGAUUUGGUUCGGAGGCUGUAUUUGUUCCCCGUCAGCUUGGUACAGAAUGUGAAGAAGAUGAUGGCUACUUGAUAUUCUUCGUACAUGAUGAGAACACUGGAAAGUCAGCUGUGAAUGUAAUUGAUGCUAAAACAAUGUCCGCGGAGCCUGUGGCAGUUGUUGAAUUACCAAAAAGAGUUCCUUAUGGAUUCCAUGCUUUCUUUGUCACAGAGGAACAAAUUCAAGAACAAGCCAAGCUGUGAGAGUGAUCAGCAACCUAUAUACCUCGUUAUCUUGUGACAUGUCCACGUCUAUAUUGCUGUUUGCGCAUGACUCGAAACACAAUAAAUGUACGGAUGUAUUAUUUGUACUCUCAGCCUCUACUGAUGGCAUCUUAUUUCAAUGAUCAGAAACAAAAUAGACCAGCAAACAUUUGUCAGAUAAAAGAUAAUAGUGUCUCACCAAAGAGCAACACUUGGUCGAAUAUCGACUCUAAUAGAUAUUUUUUUUAACACGAAGAUGCUCUUAGUCACAUGAUAUGUAAUACAAUCCUAGAAAAGUUUCAAAGUUGUAACUGGCUUGGCACGGUGACUUAAAAGUUCAGAGAUGCUUCCGCCAAUGCCAUUUUUGGUCUAUCAUACUGUAGUAGUAAUGAGUAUAAUUAGUUCAAUGUUAA